AUGUACAUACUAGAACUGUGUCCAAAGGACACGGAUGCCCCCACUGACUACAUAUAUAUGCAUCUACAGCAUGAGCAGCGCAAAGGUUCACACCUAAGUGAGACGCAGGAAGACUCCAGCCAGGAUAAUCACCAUAGUGCUGAAGACAUCCAAGCUCAUGAUGAAGGGGCUGACAGCCAGGAUCCCAACUUGUCAGAUCUGUUAGAUGGACAAGCGAACAAUACAGACUGCAACACCCAGCCACGUGAUGAACCUAGUCAGCGACAACAACCCACUACAGAACGGAAGCCGCAAGUCAAGUGGCCUACACAGGGAGACAAAAAAUCACGGGAGCUGUUUGAUGGUGACCUUGAUACUAUACUCAGUGUAGCCCUCCAAGGCGAAGUAGACAGGAAAAUACGCACACUCUCAGCUAUCACAUAUGCAGUUGGGAAGGAAAGGUUUGGCAUUCAAGAGAAGAAAGCCCCAAAGCCCUUCAAGACAAAUCGCAGGGAGAUGGAGAUAAAACGCCUAAGAAGGGAACUGCGUUCAUUAAGAAAGCAGUAUAAAAGAGCGACUGAACAAGAGAAGUUUGGUCUCAGCGAGUUAAGGGACAUCAUCAGAAAGAAGCUAAAGAGCCUGACCACAGCUGAGAGGCUGAGGAAAGGCAGGAAGACAAGAGAGAGACAGAGAGCAGCGUUUAUCUCCAACCCGCACAAGUUCUCCAAAACCCUGCUCAGUGAUGAGAAGUCAGGAAGACUGACAAGCAGCAAAGAGGAAACUGAGGAGUACCUGAAAACAGCACACGCUGACUCCCAGAGAGAUGAUCCAUUGGGGGAAUGCUCGCAGAUACGCCCAGUGGACCCACCUGCACAUCCAUUCACGUUGACUGAACCAACACUGAGAGAAGUUUGUGAGGUGGUGAGGAAGGCCCGAUCAGGGUCAGCCCCAGGACCAAGUGGGAUCCCUUAUAAGGUCUACAAGAACUGCCCGAAGCUGUUGAAGAAACUGUGGUACCUCAUCAAGAUCGUCUGGCGUAAAGGAACAGUACCUGAUUGCUGGAAGGAAGCAGAAGGAUGCCUAACACCUCAUCAGCCAGUUCCGAACAAUAUCCUUGCUGAGUUCCAGAAGGGUGGCAUUCCAGGCUUUUCAGGAUGUCUUGAACAUACCGCAGCCCUAACACAGCUCAUCAGAGAAGCUGGCGUCAACAACAGUGACCUCACAGUAGUUUGGUUAGACCUUGCCAACGCCUAUGGAUCUAUUCCACACAAGGUGAUUGAACAUGCCAUGGACCACUAUUAUAUCCCAGACAAGAUAAAGAUGCUGAUACGAAGCUACUACAGCAAUGUUCGUCUUAGAUUCAGCACUCCAGACUUUACCACUGACUGGAUCAAGGUAGAAAGGGGUAUAGUUACAGGAUGCACAGUCUCAGUCAUCUUGUUUGUCCUUGGAAUGAAUCUCAUCUUGAAGGCAGCAGAACAGGAGACAAGGGGUCCCAAGAUGACAUCUGGCAUAAGGAUGCCCCCAACCAGAGGGUUUAUGGACGAUAUAACCAUAACAACAGAAUCCCACAUACAAGCAAGAUGGAUUCUUGGUGUUCUGGAAAAAACAGCAUCCUGGGCAAGAAUGAAGUUCAAGCCAAGAAAGUCAAGGUACCUUGUACUCAGGAAGGGGAAGAUACUGCCACAUGUGGACCUGAAGAUUCAAGGCGAAGACAUCCCGAGGAUCAUAGACAAUCCUAUCAAGUGCCUUGGGAAGUGGUUUGAUGCUACCCUUAAGGACAAGGAAGCUAUCAAUCAGCUCCAGGUUAGUCUGAGCCAGAAUCUGAAGACUAUAGACAAGACAGGACUUCCAGGAAAGUUCAAGGUGUGGAUCGACCAACACUCACUACUACCAAGGCUUAGCUGGCCCUUGAUGCUGUACGAGGUCCCAACAUCAACAGCAGAAUCCCUAGAGCGUCAGAUAAAUAAGCACAUUCGGAAGUGGUUUGGCCUUCCGCAAUGUUUCACAAGCCUAGGUCUGUACACUGCAACAGGGGAACUCCAACUACCAGUCUCAUCACUGGUCGAAGAGUUCAAGGUCUCCAAGGCUCGCUUACUAAUGACACUUAAGGACUCUCCUGAUGAAUGCAUUCGAGGAGCCGGUAUCGAGCUAAGGACUGGUAGAAAGUGGUCAGUCAGCCAAGCAGUGGAGUCAGCAGAGUCACGCCUCAGACAUGCUGACAUUGUUGGUACCACAACUGUAGGGCACCUAGGCCUUGGAGUGGUUGAACGUCAGAGGUACUCAACAUCAUCCAGACAAGACAGAAGAUCUAUGAUUCAGGCCGAAAUUAGGAAGGGUGAAGAGGAGCGAAGAAUGGCACAACUGGUACAGAUGGGGAGUCAAGGAGCAUCUACCAAGUGGAAUCUACCAGAGAGAAAACUCAACUGGUCAGAUAUCUGGCAGAUGGAGCCAGUUCGUAUAAGCUUCCUUCUCCGCAGCGUGUAUGAUGUUCUACCGACACCAGUUAAUCUCCAUCGCUGGAAACUAAUCGAUGAUCCAUCGUGUACUCUAUGUGGCAAGAGAGGAACACUGGAGCAUGUUCUUAGUUCUUGCUCAACAGCGCUGUCACAAGGCAGGUACAGGUGGAGGCACGAUAGAGUCUUGAGGCAGUUAGCAGACAUCCUUGAGAGGGAAAGGAAGAAGCAUAGACAACUCCCUCAGAAAGAGACAGGAAUUUCAUUUGUUCGCGAGGGCCAAGCUGGAUCUACUGGAGCACAAAAGAGUGGGGUCCUGCAGUCAUCAAAGACCUGGGAGAUGAGAGUAGACCUGGAAAAGCGACUUGUUUUCCCAGAGGUGGUCCAGACAACUCUGCGACCAGACAUAGUAUUGUGGGCCCCCCAGGACAAGAAGAUUGUGCUCAUUGAACUGACGGUACCUUGGGAAGAGAGGUGUGACGAGGCCUACGAACGUAAAUCAGCCAAGUACACCCAGUUAACUGAAGACUGUAGAAAGAAAGGAUGGAAAGCCUGGCUUUUCCCAGUAGAAGUCGGGACCAGGGGCUUCCCAGCUAAGUCAUUGUGGAAGAUGCUGACCGAGAUAGGAAUAACUGGCCAUCAGAGAAAGCAAGCCAUCCGCUCAGUCAGUAGUGCAGCUGAAAAGGCAUCUUGUUGA